AUGUGGAGUGAAUGGUCAUCAUAUAUGAAUGCUAUCUGUCAUCGACCAGGUACACAAAUUCGAACAAGAACGUAUGCAGAUAAACGAGCAGCUAUGGCUACACAUUGUACAGAACAUUUGGAACAACAACAACAAUGUACACUUGAGUAUAUACCAAAAGCAGUUCAUCGACCUCCUUAUCCAUGUUGUGCAUGUGAUGAAGCUAAAUUUCAAUUUACAUUUCAAGGUCUUUGGUCAAAACAAUCAUAUCCAAAAGAUUGGUUACCUGAACAUCUUCAUUGGUUUGAUAUCAUUGGAGCUGUUCAUAAUGAAGAAUAUUCAUUAUGGAAUUAUGGUGGCAUUGCAAGUGAUGGUCUUAAACAAGUAGCUGAAUGGGGAGCAAUUGGUACAAUGCAAAAAGAAAUAAAAAAUCAUACUAAAUUUGGUGUUAUUCGUAAUUUAAUGAUUGUACCUGGUCUUUGA